AAAAGCAGAUUGGACCAAUCAUUUAAGACGACAAAUACUGAGAGGACCAAAAGCAACACAGUAACCGAUGCUUCCGCCGAGCUACAAGCUCAUCCAUCAUCCCCAUGUGACCCCUUAAUCAAACACAAACAACUCUCGUUUCCAUGUUAGUUAAAUGCACCUUCAGCAGUAAUUAGGGAAGAAGAAUUGGAUUUCGGAAUUCCAAAGCUGCAAUCUUUUUGUUUCAAAGGAUUUAUUAAGAUAAAACUAAAUAUAUCCCCACUUGUUCAUGUUCUGCUGCAAAAACGAGAUGAUAACAAACCUCCACCUUUCUUCAUCUCUUUGGUUUCACUUCUUCGCAGACCAGAAUUGGAAAGACCUCUCUCAAGAACUUCUUCAAACCUAGGUUGCUGUCUUUCCGUAAAUUUUUUUAUUUUGAAAGAAAUGUCAGAGCAAAAGAAACCCCCCAAAAGCAGGGUUUUCUUUGUUGGGAUGAAGCUUCUGCACAAACCAGGGAACAAGCCUCUACAAGAGAAAAACAGUUUCUUUCAUACAUAUUACAAAUGGGUUCUUUGGCUUUCUCUCUCCCUCUAUUUCUUCACGUCCUAUCUCAUCACCACCAACCCCAACACGGCACCAACCUCUCCAAACACAUCGUCCCAUGUUUCAAACUCCGAGUCCCACGCUGUCCCCCGUGCCGUUAUCGACUCCACAACCAACUCUCUAGGUGGCGUAACAUUACACACUCGUCAGCAUUUUCAGCUCACUAAUGGUUUAGUUUUGGAAUUUAUUUCUACUCGUUUCGUUGCAGGGGUGUUGAAGAAUCUGAAGAUGUUCGUGUACGAGCUUCCUCCUAAGUUCAACACUGGUUGGCUCGCAAACAAGAGGUGUAGCAAUCAUUUAUUCGCGUCGGAAGUGGCCAUCCACAGGGCACUGUUAACGAGCGAGGUUCGCACGUUUGACCCUUACGAAGCUGAUUUUUUCUUCGUACCCGUUUACGUCUCUUGCAACUUCAGCGCCGUGAACGGUUUCCCCGCGAUUGGGCACGCGCGUUCUAUUAUCUCCUCCGCCGUCAACCUCGUGUCCACGGAAUACCCUUUCUGGAACCGCAGCAAGGGACGCGACCACGUCUUCGUCGCUUCCCACGACUUCGGUGCGUGUUUCCACAGCCUGGAGGAUGCGGCCAUUGCUAAUGGAAUACCCCAAAUUUUGAAGAACUCCAUUGUGUUGCAGACAUUCGGCGUUGUUCACAGGCAUCCUUGUCAAGACGUGGAGAACGUGGUGAUACCGCCUUACGUUUCGCCGGAAAGUGUACGGAGCACGCUGGAGAAUUUUCCGGUUAACGGCCCGCGAGAAAUUUGGGUGUUUUUCCGUGGGAAAAUGGAAUUGCAUCCUAAAAACAUCAGUGGACGGUUUUACAGCAGGCGAGUGAGAACGGAGAUUUGGCGGAAGUUCAACGGUGACCGGAGGUUUUACCUGCAGAGGCACAGGUUUAGCGGUUACCAGUUGGAAAUUGCUCGGUCGGUGUUCUGUUUGUGUCCGUUAGGGUGGGCUCCGUGGAGUCCGAGGUUAGUUGAAUCCGUUGCGUUGGGAUGUGUGCCGGUUAUUAUUGCGGAUGGGAUUCGGUUACCGUUUUCCUCCACCGUGCGUUGGUCGGAGAUAUCGCUGACGGUGGCGGAGAGGGACGUGGGGAAGUUGGGGAAGAUUCUUGAGCGCGUGGCAGCGACGAACCUGAGUGACAUUCAGAGGAACUUGUGGGACCCGCGGACGAGGCAGGCCCUACUUUUCAACGAGGAGAUGGAGUAUGGCGACGCCACGUGGCAGGUUCUUGUUAGUUUGAGUGAGAAGCUCCAUAGGUCUCAUCGAAGGUCUUCGGCUAGUGACGAAUCAGAGAGUGACACGUGACACUAUAUUUUCAACGUGGAUGUUAAAUUGCAUUGGCUGACAUUUUUUUGUGUAUAUAGAUUAUAGAUAGAUGAUAAUAGGAGUAGAUUAAAUAAAUUAUUGUUAUUCUUUACUCUUUCUUUCUGAGUUGUGAGGAAGAGUUUUUGGAGUUGCGACAGCGACAUGAUUGAGUGGUGUGUCAGAACUUUUUAGUGUUUUUAAUGAAAAAUUUGUGAAGUAGUGAAGGUAUCAGUGGUCACUGCUUCACGAUAUGAAUGCUAUGGUUUUUCUAUGGCUAUGGCUGUCAAAAUCAAAUGUUGAAGAGAGAGAAUCCAAUAAUGUUUCAUAGCUUCAAUUA